GUGAGGGGACAGGGAAGUGCCUAUUCCUUCUUUGCACAAGCGCUCUCCCAUGUUGCGUGGGCUAUAGCAUGGGCUUGGCGUAGAGAGCGGUCGGGCUGUCAGAGCGACAGUAGUGUCAGAGUUAAGGGAGAUCAGAAAGUGCCUGUGACUGCGCGCGCUGGGUUAGCGCGAGGUUCUCUGUCGGACUUGGAGCAAGAGGAGAUACUCCGAAGCAAGUCGGAGUGAGCCAAGGACCCCAACGCUCACAAAAAAAGAGUAGGACCAGGAAAGGUAGACAAAAUAUCUCAACUGACUUGUGGAGCAAUGCACUGGCAGCAUGGCCAAAUGGUUCAAGGAACACCUAGGAUUCAAAACUACCAAAGCACCACCUCCGGCGCCUCCAAAACCGGACUACAGACAUUGUCGACACUAAGCUGUGUCCGGUACUCCUGGCUACCAACAACCAAGCUCUGGGGCCACUUAUCCGAGCCCUGCUCAGCCGGACAUUCUUGCUGCUUACAAACUACAAAAGGAACUGGACUUCGAAGACCCGUACACGCCAGGCGGGGAAAUAUUUCGUUUGGAACUGGCUUGAGCUCUGUGGGGUCUCCGGACAUAAAGUAUGUGUCACCAAAGCACCGGCUCAUAAAGGUGGAAACAAUCGAAAAAAGCAACUCUGCCCCGGGCAGCUGUGUUAUAGCAGCCCAAGCUGUUGCUGUAGGGAGCGUUAAAUCUCCUACCUCGCCUCCCUCGGAUCAAGAAAAUAAGGAAAAGCCCAUUAUCCUAUGGCAGGAGGACUAUGCAGACCCCUUCGAUGCAGAGCAGGCCGGCGGGACACAGGCCAGUACGGAGAAGGUGACAGAGAACGAUGGCUACAUGGAACCGUACGAGGCCCAGAAGAUGAUGGCAGAGAUCCGUGGAGGCCGGGGCCCCAAGGAAGGCUCGGCGAGGCAGCCGCCCCUGUACGACACGCCCUACGAGCCUGUGGAGAACGGCGGCGGCGACUCGGACCCCGAGCGUCCCCGCUGCCCCAGAGAGAGCCGCCUGCCGCAGGACGACGACAGGCCCCCGGAGGAGUACGACCAGCCCUGGGAGUGGAAGAAGGAGAGGAUCUCCAAGGCCUUCGCAGUAGAGAUUAAAGGUAUCAAGGACCUGCCGUGGCCCCCUCCUGUAGGGCAGCUCAACAGCAGCCCGCCCCUCAUGGAGGAGCUGGAGUCUCCAGUCUCCUCCCCCCAGGCCCAGGCCUCGCCCUCCCCCUCACCUGGGAACGCAGCCUGCGACCAGCAACACCAUGUCCAGUUCGAUGGGGUGGAGAAGUCUCGAAUGUCGCCCACCAAGGAGGGCAAAGGUCGCCCGGCCCAGCGUCACACCAGUGGCUGUCUGGUCAACACCAAGAUGAACUCUCUGGAUCCGUCUGCACUGGGCGAGCGCGUCGACCCCGCCAUGCCUCUGGAAAGCCAGUUCUGGUACCACGGAGCGAUCAGCAGGACCGAUGCAGAGACUCUGCUCCGGCUGUGUAAGGAGGCCAGCUACCUGGUGAGAAACAGCGAGACCAGCAAGAACGACUUCUCCCUCUCCCUCAAGAGCAGCCAGGGCUUCAUGCAUAUGAAGCUGUCACGGACGAAGGAGAACAAGUACAUCCUUGGUCAGAACAGCUGUCCCUUCGACAGCGUGCCCGAGAUCAUCCACUUCUACUCCAGCCGCAAGCUGCCCAUCAAGGGGGCCGAGCACAUGUCCCUGCUCUACCCUGUGGCCAUCCGGACACUUUAGUGAAAUCACUUCCUGGGUCACGAGUCGUCAGCCACAGCCUGUCUGUUCUGGGCCAUCUCACGCCCCUUAAUGCUUCCACUCUCUGUCUGAUUGGUCACAAGGGAGUUGUAAGAAGUGGAAGCAGAGAAGAUUAAUUACGUUUUCCUCACACACACACACACACACACUAAGAUUACGGACCUGCUCUUACUUUUGUUGUUCUUCAUCUCAUGAAAUGACUCACUGUCACAGAAUAUGUCAUAGAUAUGUUUUGUCAUUUUGUUUUUGUUUACUACAAACACCCAACAAUAUAGACGCAUUAUAGAUUGAUCCAAUCCCAUUGCUGUUGUAUCCUGCCAUGGCAUAGCUGACAGCCAAUAGCCAUCCUUUUCACACAGACAUUUUGUUCUACGAGUCUUAGAAACUGAACAAUUAUUGUUUUGUUUGUGGAACCUAAAAAUUGUAACAGUCAUAUAACUGAAGGGAUAUUGUGUGGAGUUGCGUGACUUUGUGCACACUGGUACUGUUACGAUGGCCAGAAUUCAUUAUCUGAACCCACCCCGUUGUCAGAGAAACUGCAAUGCCAUUCGCUUUCCAAACUGAUGUCUCUGUCUCGUCAGCGGCCAUAUUGUCUCAUAUCCAUCACUAUGUGGGUGUGCUAUGGCAGUGACAGGGUCAGUAAGGUGUCGUCUAGACAGCCAACAGUGUGUUGGAGAGGAAUCAGCGCUGAGUUCUCUGAGCCCGUUGGCAAGGACAGGAGAGCUCGGCCUCUGAGGGCCAAAUUAGCCUUUCUGUCCCCCCCCCCCCCGCUUCAAAAUGGCUUUGCAUCAGGAGAAUGAAAUAUGCCUGCAUUGUCUACCUCAGAAAAUCUAUUUCAUUCGCCCAUCUGCAGAUCAAUAGGUACAAUGGGAUUGCAGAUAUUGAUCCUAACCCUCCUCCCCCAACUCCAUCUCCGAUUCCCACCAAAUUGCAUCUUUGGUUUAAGACUAUGUUUUAAUGUAAACCGGUCAGUCAAAUGUUUGUUCUUUUUUUUUCUCAACAAAAAAAAGAAAACAAAAAAAGGAUUUUCCAGAUUCCAGCAUUUGUAUGUAUAUUCACUAUGAUAUUGUGUGAUGUCAGUAAACAAAUGUUUGGUUAAUGCCUUAUAAAUGCAUGGGUCAAAUCAGUCCAAUAGAUCAGCUGAGUUACUUUUGACGAUUGUUCUGUGACUGUAAUUUAUUAAGGGGUGAUUAUUGUUGCAAGUGUAUUACUCCUUACUCUGUGAAGACCUCUCGUUGUUCUGUGCCAAUGUGACCGUGCUUGGACAGAGCUUGGAUACUCCAACCUCAUCAUUUGCUGUCGGUGCUCAAGCUCCAGUUUUCAAUUCUUCUCCAUACAAGUCUGUCUGCCUCUGUGGCCUGACUCUGAGACACGAGUCGCAGUGUCUCCUGACCAAUGGGAUUGUUGAGCCUCACACAAAAGACUGCGUGGAGAUGUGCUGGGCCAAUCAGAACGCCCCGUUUUCCAACCCAGCCUCUGUACGUUCAGCGAGAUCUGAGUAUAAUAUCUCCUCCUUUCUACUCGGUUCACCCAUGUAUAUGUGUGUAUGCGCAUGUGUGUGAAUGUGUGUGUGUGUGUAAUCUCUCCUCAUUGGUAAAGUCUUUAAGAUUUGAUCGAUAGCUUGAGGGGCUUGUUAAGUAUAAUUUAUUCCUGAAACGGAGAGACACAGACGGACGUGCCCUUUAAUUGGAUCCCAAUUUCUGUAGGAUCAGAUUGUUCUCUGAUAUCUGUGACGUAGGCUAAGCAGUCUCAUAAGCGACGGUAGGACCAUUCAGGUGGCAGGCGGGGACGGUACAGAAUGGUUGGAAUCUAAAGCUGGAUUUCACUGUUAUUUACAGAGAAGCAUACUUCAGAGGCCUGAGAAUGGCUUUGUUAGGUUGGUUGGUGAGUAGGUGAGCAGAGAGGAUUGAGGUGCACCAAAUGUGACCUUCUGGGAAGUUAAUGUGGCUGUCUGUGUGUGUCACGAGACUAGCCCGGACCUUAAUAAUGGACCUGGAUGAUGUGGCUGGAGAGGAGCAAUGUAUGUUCUUGUCAGAGAGAAUUUUUUGGUAAAGCAAAAUAUAUCUGUACAUAGGUAUGUCUACAAAAGAAGCCCCUGUUCUAGAGAUAACAACACACUGUGGAAAGAUGAGGUUCUUGAUUCAGUUAUUGCUGCUGACAGAAAGAUGUUACUUUAGAAAAGACCGCCCGAGUACAACAGCCACCCUGCCUAGAGUAUUUCCCCCUGGAUUAGAGGAAGCAAGAGAGACAGAGGCAGAAUGAAGGGGCACUCUAGAGAACAGACGAGGGUUUUUGUCUCAAUCAGCAGACUCACUCUUUGCAUUGUUUUGUCUCUAUGGAAACCUGGAAAAGCCCUUUUCUCCCACAGAGAAGUGUCUUAGGUGUGCGUGUGUGUGGUGAGUGAGUGAGUGGGUUUGGUUUGUGUGGGUGGGUGUGUGUAUGUGAACUGCCAUCAGCCACUGAUUUGCUCUGUAUCUCUCUGGCCACAAUCUGCCAGAGCAUUGGUUUGUAUGAGUGCUUUUGUGUACAUUUUCCUCUCAUGUAUGUCUGCACUACUAUAACAUAUCUGUCCCUUAUCGCCAAAUGUAUAUACUGAAUGUAUUGUAUGGGGACAUAGAGGCAUCAUGUUUCAAACUAAAUAAAGUAGAGUUUAUGAG